GCUCAGGUCCAACACAAAAUAGGGCCUCGUCCUCUCCUUUCUCCCCUUUUCGAGUUGGGUCCUUUGGCACCAAGCCCCACACGAUUCUUCCGCAGGAGGCUACCUGAAUCUCUACGCCCGUCGUCGACAUCUCGGGCCAGGAAACAGCCCGGUUCGUAGGAUCCACCCUCCCGGCCGCGCAGGAGGCGGAGGGGGGAGGCGGAGCUGUGUCUCCGCUGCACUACUUUCCUGUCCGGUUGCAAAUGGCUGCCUUGGUCCCCACUUUCCGCUCAGUUUCCUGACCCCCGGCGCCGGGAGCCGGGGCUGGGCCAUGAACCUUUAGAUCCCCGGUGGUCUUACCCUGCACAAGCUAGUGGAGUGCAAGCCAGUCUGAUCCGGCCAGAUCGGAGUCGGGGCAGCCCUCGGAGCAAGAGGGGAAGGGAGGAGAGAGCUGGGCCCGGAGCGGCCGGAGAGGAGCGGGCAGAGGGUUCCGACCGCCCGCUCCUUUCUCACCCAACCCUCCCUUCCCCGGGAGGAGCCGAAGGUGCGGGGCCCGAAGCCGCGGAAGGAGAGAGAGGUUGGGGCGGAGGCAGCUGGGCCCAAGCGUGUGUGUCAGUUUGACUCCUGAGGCCCUGCCGGCUUCGCUUCAAUGUAGCUAAGCUAGCACGGCCUCAGGGGGCCCGAGGCGGGGAGAGCCUCAACGUUCCAUCCGAAGUCUCAACGUUCCAUCCGGGCCAGCUGGGGAAGAGGCUCCGCGUUCCAAUCGGGCUGGCGAGGGGGAACCUACAGCGUUCCAUCGGGAGCAUUUCAGCCUUCCACCGGGAACCGGGCGCUGGGCAUCGGGGGUGGGGGUGGGGGGCGCCCGGCGGGCCCGGGGCUGGGAGGCGGACUGGCUCGUCGGAUGUGAAGACUGUUCGGCCGAAGAUCAAAGCCACCGGUGCUCCCUUUGUGUCGGCCUUGGAUUCGCCGCCCCGGGGCUUCACUUGGGAAACCUAAGCUGCUGGGAUCGAGGGCAGAGAACCAACUCCCCUCCUUGGUGUUUUCAGCCACUUUAAAUUAUUUUUGAAGUGGGGGGGGCCGCUCCGACCUGGAUUUACCGUUCUUGGCCCCUCUUUGGCCCCCCCCGUGUGGGGGGCGGUUGUGAUCGUCCUGGCGGGUGGAGGUCGGGGAGCGGCCGGAGCUGUGGCCAUGUUCUCGGGUGAAGAUUUCUGGAUCGCCCUGUGAAGAGGUCUCCCCGGGAGGGCACUGCCCAGUCGGAGAGAGGAAUGGACGACCCGAAGCCCUCUGGUGAGGAUAAAGAUUCAGAGCCGGCAGCUGAUGGGCCUGAAGCUUCUGAAGAGUCAGGCCCCACUGAGCCAGACCCCCCCAACCCACCUUUGGGGGAUGCCUCUGUCCACAGCCCAGGGAGCCCCAAGCCCCAGGACCCUCCCCAGGACUGCAGCAAGGGCCCACUUCGGCGCUGUGCCUUCUGUAACUGUGGGGAAUGGAGUCUCCAUGGGCAGCGGGAGCUGCGGUGCUUUGAACUUCCACCAGACUGGCCCCUGGGUCCAGCAGUGCCACCUGGGGGGCCUGGACCCGGAGAGGCAGUGCCACCCACUGAUGAUCUGUCCCAGAUUGGCUUCCCUGAGGGCUUGACACCUGCCCAUCUGGGAAAGCCUGGUGGACCCUGCUGGGCUCACUAUUGGUGUGCAGCGUGGUCAGUGGGAGUACAGGGCCAAGAUGGGCUGGAGUUGCAUGGAGUGGACAAGGCCAUCUUCUCAGGGAUCUCUCAGCGCUGUUCCCAUUGCUCCAGGCUGGGAGCUUCCAUCCCCUGCCGAUCGCCUGGAUGCCCACAGCUCUACCACUUCCCCUGUGCUGCUGCCAGUGGUUCCUUCCAGUCUAUGAAGACUUUGCAGCUGUUGUGUCUGGAGCAUGGCGAGGAGGCUGCACACCUGGAGGAUGCCCGUUGUGUGGUGUGCGAUGGGCUGGGUGAACUUCGAGAUCUGCUCUUCUGUACCAGCUGUGGGCAACACUAUCAUGGGGCCUGUCUGGACACUGCUCUGACUGCACGAAAACGUGCUGGUUGGCAGUGCCCAGAUUGCAAAGUGUGCCAAACCUGCAGGCAGCCUGGGGAGGAUUCCAUGAUGCUAGUCUGUGAGGCAUGUGAUAAGGGCUACCAUACCUUCUGCCUGAAGCCAGCCAUUCAGAGCCUACCCCCUGAUUCGUGGAAGUGCAAGACGUGCCGGGUGUGCCGAGCCUGUGGGGCGUGCCCAGCAGAGCUGGAUCCCAACUGCCAGUGGUAUGAGAAUUACUCACUGUGUGAGCGGUGCCAGGGGCAGCAGAACACCCAGGGCGGGAGGAUGGGCAGCCCUGAUACCGAGCAGAACCCCCCUGUCUGUAACAAAUAUCCAUCACCAGAGCCUGGCAUUGCCCCUGUUGAUACACCUGAUGAUCUUGAUAAUGCAUGCCAGGAACAGCUGGAGGGGGAAGAGGAAACCUGCACAAAGUCUGAGGAACCAGGGCCACUGCAGCAUGAAGCCAAACCACUAGGGCAAGCAGGGACCCAAGUUGAAUCCCCACCCGAGGUCCCGCCCCCACCUGUGGUUGCCCCCCUUGAUGAGGAGAUGCCACUGGAGCCCCUGUUCCUACCCGAGGAACCACUCUUGUCACCUCAGCUACCACCAACAGAUCCUCCCCCUCCUCCACUUUCUCCUGCCACUGCUGUAGCCCCACCAUCCUUGUCUCCCUUAGGGGAUCAAGAGGAGCACCCUGAUGCCAAAGGGGACAGUGAGCCAGGAACCCCUCCAGAUGUCCCUAUCCUAGACACGCCCAUCAGCCCCCCUCCAGAAGCCAGUUGCUUUGAACCAGAGCCCAUAGCUCCUAUAGAUUUGACCCCUUCUCCAGCCUCCCCUGAAGAACUGGGAGAACUGAAUUCUCCCAUUCCUCUAGAGCCCCCUCCUCCACAGUGCUCCCCUCUGCCAUUAGCCCCUUCUCCCCUGGGCUUCCUGGAGAAGGCACCAGAAGUCCUAGAUGAGUCUGAGUCACAGGAGAUGGAAACAGAGCCAGAGUGCCCAGCUCUGGAGCCUAGUGGGAUCAGCCCCCCAGCUUGUCCUACAGGAGACCUCUCCUGUCCUGCCCCCAGCCCUGCUCCAGCCCUGGAUGUCUUUUCUAGCCUGGGUGAGGACACAGUCUGUCUCGAUGAGACAGAGGCUACUGGUCCAGAGCCAGAGACUGGACAGACCUGUGGCAGUUCAGGUAGUGAUCCUAAAGGCUCCCCUUUGCUCCUUGACCCUGAGGAGCUGGCCCCUGUGACCCCUAUGGAGGUCUAUGGUUCUGAAGGCAAGCAGGCUGGGCAGAGCUCACCUUGUGAAGAGCCUGAGGAGCCAGUUGCCCCACCAGUGCAUACCCCUCCCACCCUCAUCAAGUCCGACAUCGUCAAUGAGAUCUCUAACCUGAGCCAAGGUGAUGCCAGUGCCAGCUUCCCAGGGUCUGAGCCUCUGCUGGGCUCCCCAGACCCUGAGGGGGGUGGCUCACUCUCCAUGGAGCUAGGUGUGUCCACUGAUGUCAGCCCUGCACGGGAUGAGGGCUCCCUUCGGCUCUGUACCGACUCACUGCCCGAGACGGAUGACUCCUUACUCUGUGACUCUGGAGCAGCUGGAGCUGGCGGCAAGGCUGAGGGCGAUAAGGGGAGACGACGAAGCUCCCCUGCCCGCUCCCGUAUCAAGCAGGGCCGUAGCAGUAGCUUCCCAGGAAGACGUCGACCUCGGGGGGGUGCCCAUGGAGGAAGGGGGAGAGGACGUGCCCGGCUGAAGUCAACCACUUCUUCUGUGGAGACUCUGGUUGCAGACAUUGAUAGCUCUCCCAGCAAGGAGGAGGAGGAGGAAGAUGACGACACCAUGCAGAAUACUGUGGUUCUCUUCUCCAACACCGACAAAUUUGUCCUAAUGCAGGACAUGUGUGUAGUGUGUGGUAGCUUUGGUCGAGGGGCAGAGGGCCACCUUCUGGCCUGCUCUCAGUGUUCACAGUGCUACCAUCCUUACUGUGUCAACAGCAAGAUUACAAAGGUGAUGCUGCUGAAGGGCUGGAGGUGUGUGGAAUGCAUCGUAUGUGAAGUGUGUGGCCAGGCAUCUGACCCCUCUCGCCUUUUGCUCUGCGAUGACUGUGAUAUCAGCUACCACACCUAUUGUCUGGAUCCCCCGCUGCUCACAGUGCCCAAGGGUGGCUGGAAGUGCAAAUGGUGCGUGAGUUGCAUGCAGUGUGGGGCCGUUUCACCAGGCUUCCACUGCGAGUGGCAGAACAGCUAUACCCACUGUGGCCCCUGUGCCAGCCUGGUGACCUGUCCGGCGUGUCGUGCUCCUUACGUAGAAGAAGAUUUGUUAAUCCAGUGCCGUCAUUGUGACCGGUGGAUGCAUGCUGGUUGUGAGAGCCUAUUCACUGAGGAAGAGGUGGAACAAGCAGCAGAUGAAGGCUUUGAUUGCGUCUCCUGUCAGCCCUAUGUGGUGAAGCCUGUGGUGCCCAUUGCACCACCAGAGCUCGUGCCUGUGAAGGUGAAGGAGCCAGAGCCCCAGUACUUCCGCUUUGAGGGAGUAUGGCUGACGGAGACCGGCAUGGCUGUACUUCGAAAUCUGUCCAUGUCUCCCCUUCACAAGCGGCGUCAGAGGCGUGGGCGGCUUGGCCUCCUAGGUGAGGGCGGGCUAGAGGGGCCGGAGCCCUCGGACCCCGGCGGCCCCGACGACAAGAAAGAUGGGGACCUGGACGCUGAUGAGUUGCUCAAGGGCGAAGGGGUCGGUGUGGAGCACAUGGAGUGUGAGAUCAAGCUGGAGGCUCCUGCCAGCCCUGAUGGGGAGCCUGGCAAGGAAGAGACUGAUGAGGGCAAAAAACGCAAGCGCAAACCCUACAGACCUGGCAUUGGGGGCUUCAUGGUUCGACAGCGCAAGUCUCAUGCUCGUCUGAAGAAAGGGCCUGCCGUGUUGGUGGAAGUGUUGAGUGGGGAGGGCCAGCCUGAUGAGGUUGUGACAGUCGACCCACCUACGGAAGGUGCAGUGGAGCAGAGCCCAGCUGAAGGUGAUGAGAAGAAGAAGCGUCGGGGUCGAAAAAAGAGCAAACUGGAGGACAUGUUUCCUGCCUACCUGCAGGAAGCCUUCUUUGGGAAAGCGCUCUUGGACCUUAGCCGAAAGGCAUUGCUGGUGGCUGGGGAUGGGCGACCGGGCUUUGUGCCAGGCACCCCCAGGGGCAAGGGGGACCCAGGCCCUGAUAGAAAAGAGGCUUCUGCUUCACAGAAAGGGGAGGAUGGACCAGAUGUUGCAGAUGAAGAGUCCAGAGGUCCUGAGGGCAAUUCAGAGACUCCAGGCCCUGAAGAUGGAGGUAUCAAGACAUCUCCUGUACCCAGUGAUCCAGAGAAACCAGGAACCCCAGGCGAGGGAAUGCUCAGCUCUGACUUGGACAAGAUUCCCACAGAAGAGCUGCCCAAGAUGGAAUCAAAAGACCUUCAACAGCUUUUCAAGGAUGUCCUAGGCUCAGAGCGGGAGCAGCAGAUUGGCUGUGGGACUCCUAACCUGGAUGGGGGUCCCACCCCAGUGCAGCAGAGGCCCUUCCUACAAGGUGGGCUUCCUUUGGGCAACCUCCCUACCAGCAGUCCAAUGGACUCCUACCCGGGCCUUUGCCAGUCUCCUUUCCUUGAUAGUAGGGAGCGUGGGGGCUUCUUCAGCCCAGAGCCUGGUGAGCCUGACAGCCCCUGGACGGGCUCAGGGGGCACCACACCCUCCACACCCACAACCCCAACCACGGAGGGUGAAGGCGAUGGGCUCUCCUACAACCAGCGGAGCCUCCAGCGCUGGGAAAAGGAUGAGGAGCUGGGCCAGCUUUCUACAAUCUCACCUGUGCUCUACGCCAAUAUUAAUUUUCCCAACCUCAAGCAGGAUUAUCCAGACUGGGCCAGUCGCUGCAAACAGAUCAUGAAGCUGUGGAGAAAAGUCCCGGCCACUGACAAAGCCCCCUACCUGCAAAAGGCCAAAGAUAACCGGGCGGCUCACCGCAUCAACAAGGUGCAGAAGCAGGCGGAGAGCCAGAUCAGUAAGCAGACCAAGGUGGGCGACAUAGCCCGCAAAACCGAUCGGCCCACCCUGCACCUACGCAUUCCCCCUCAGCCAGGGAUGCUGGGCAGUCCCCCUCCAGCUUCUGCUCCGACUGUCUUCAUUGGCAGUCCCCCUCCCCCAGCUGGCUUGUCUACCUCCUCGGACGGGUUCCUGAAGCCACCAACGGGCACAGUGCCCGGCCCUGACUCGCCUGGUGAUCUCUUCCUCAAGCUCCCACCCCAGGUGCCCGCCCAAGUGCCUUUGCAGGACCCUUUUGGACUGGCCCCCACCUAUACUCUGGAGUCUCGCUUCCCCGCAGCACCACCAGCCUAUCCCCCCUAUCCUGGACCGGCAGUGGCCCCUGCGAAGCCUCAGAUGCUGAGUGCUCCCCCUCGGCCCGGGGCCGGCCAGGCCGGAGAGUUUCAGUCCACCCCACCUGGCACCCCACGGCACCAGCCUUCCACACCUGAUCCUUUUCUCAAACCCCGCUGUCCUUCACUAGACAACUUGGCAGUUCCAGAGAGUCCGGGGGUGGGUGGGGCCAAGGCUUCUGAGCAACUGAUGUCCCCUCCACCUUUUGGAGAGCCUCGGAAGGCCCUAGAAGUAAAGAAAGAGGAGCUGGGGGCAGCUUCUCCCGGCUAUGGCCCCCCCAGCCUUGGUUUUGGAGACUCACCUUCCUCUGGGCCCCACUUAGGCAGCCUGGAGCUAAAGGCACCAGAUGUCUUCAAAGCCCCCCUGACCCCUCGGGCAUCUCAGGUAGAGCCGCAGAGCCCGGGCAUAGGCCUGAGGCCCCAGGAGCCUCCCUCUGCCCAUGCUGUGGCCCCCUCACCCCCUAGCCAUGCAGACCUGUAUCGUUCAGCUCCUUCUGGCUCCUAUCCUGAGACCUAUUCACAGCCCCCACUGACACCCCGGCCUCAACCUCCACCCCCAGAGAGUUGCUGUACCCUGCCCCCUCGCUCCUUGCCCUCUGACCCUUUCACUCGAGUACCUGCCAGCCCCCAGUCUCAGUCUAGCUCUCAGUCACCCCUAACACCCCGCCCGCUGUCCACGGAAGCCUUCUGCCAGUCACCAGUCACCCCUUGCUUCCAGUCACCUGACCCCUACUCUCGUCCACCCUCACGGCCCCAGUCCCGGGACCCUUUUGCCCCACUACACAAGCCACCCCGGUCCCAGCCCCCUGAAGUUGCCUUCAAGGCUGGGCCUCUGGCCCAUACUCCACUAGGGGUAGGGGGCUUUCCAGCAGCUCUACCCUCUGGGCAAUCUAAUGACCAUCACACUAAGAGCUCUGGCGGGCAGCCUCCAUCUUUUGCCCGUUCUCCUGGGGCAAACGUGUUUGUGGGCAAUCCUUCCCCCAUGCGCUUCACUUUCCCCCAGGCAGUGGGAGAGCCGUCCCUGAAGCCCCCUGCCUCUCAACCCAGUCUCCCUCCACCCCAUGGGAUCAACAGCCAUUAUGGGCCAGGACCCACUGUGGGCAAGCCCCAAAGCACAAACUACACAGCAGCGGCAGGCAGUUUCCACCCAGGAGGCAGCCCCCUGGGGCCAGGCACUGGGCCACCAGCUGAGGGCUAUGGGCUGUCUCCGUUGCGUCCACCAUCGGUUUUACCACAGCCUGCACCGGAUGGUCCUCUCACCUACCUGCCCCAUGGUGCCCCACAGCGGGGGAGCAUCACUUCCCCGGUUGACAAGCGAGAAGACUCAGUGUCUGGGAUGGCCACCUCGCUGGUGGGUCCUGAGCUGCCAGGUCCCCAGGACCCCAGCAUGGCCAAUCUGAGCCAAACAGAAUUGGAGAAGCAGCGGCAGCGCCAGCGUUUGAGAGAGCUAUUGAUCCGACAGCAGAUUCAGCGUAAUACCCUUCGGCAGGAGAAGGAAACAGCAGCAGCCACCAGUGCUGUAGGGCCAGGCAGCUGGGGUGCUGAGGCUAGCAACCCUGCUUUUGAGCAGCUGAAUCGAGGCCCCACCUCCUACCCUGGGGCACAGGACAAAAGUGGCCUUACAGGAUUGCCCCCUAACAAGCUAAGUGGCUCAGUUCUGGGACCUGGCCCCUUCCCUGCAGAGGAGAGACUCUCUCGGCCACCACCACCCCCUACUCCUUCUUCCAUUGACAUGAAUGGCCGACAACUGGUUGGGGGCACCCAAGCCUUCUUCCCACGGGGGCCCUUCUCUGGACCUCUGCCCCCACAACAGCAGCAGCAGCUCUGGCAGCAGCAGCAGCAGCAGCAGCAGGCCGCUGUGGCUUCCAUGCGGCUUUCCAUGCCUGCAAGGUUCCCUCAACCACCUGGGCCUGAACUUGGCCGGACAAUCCUAGGCCCUCCUCUGAGUGGGCUUUCCAACCGACCUCCUGGCCCAGUGGAGCCACUUCCUGGUCCAGGUCCUGCUCAGUUCAUCGAGCUUCGUCACAAUGUGCAGAAGGGGCCAGGGCCUGGUGGUGCACCUUACCAUCUUCAGGGCCCCCCUCAGAGACCACGAUUCUUCUCAGUGCCUGAGGACUCCCAUCGCCUGGCUCCGGAUAGUCUUCGGCCUGUGGCAGUGUCCACCCUGCCCCCGCAGAAGCCUUCAGCUCCUCCACCACCUGAGCUGAGUAACAGCCUCCACCCCCUCCCCCACACCAAGGGUCCUAGCCUUCCUGCCAGCCUGGAGCUGGUUGGCCGAUCUCCCUCAAGCACCGAGGCAGGACGUCCACCCCUGGUCCUGGAAUCUGGAAAACUGCCCUGUGAGGAGCCCGAGCUGGAUGACGACUUUGAUGCCCAUAAGGCACUGGAAGAUGACGAGGAGCUGGCCCACCUGGGGCUUGGGGUAGAUGUGGCCAAGGGCGAUGAUGAACUAGGCACCCUGGGAAACUUGGAGACCAAUGACCCCCAUCUGGAUGACUUGCUGAAUGGGGAUGAAUUCGACCUCUUGGCCUACACAGACCCUGAGCUGGACACUGGUGACAAGAAGGACAUAUUUAAUGAACACUUGCGACUGGUAGAAUCCGCCAAUGAGAAGGCUGAGCGUGAGGCGCUCCUGAGGGGCACAGAACCCAGCCUAUCUGGCACUGAGGAGCGCCCACCCCCUACCACUGAUGGACCUGAUUCCCAUCUUGCCCCCGGGGCCACUGAAGUAAAACCUAAAUUAGAGGAAGGUGGACACCAGGCCUCUCCUUGUCAGUUCACCAUGGCCACCCCCAAGGCAGACCCAGUGCCUCCCGGCACUCUGGGGCUGGGGCUGAAGCCUGGGCAGAACUUGCUGGGGCCACGAGACAGCAGGCUAAACAUGGGUCCUUUCUCUAACAAUGUGCAUACCGCUGAGAAGAGUCCUUUUGGAAACACAGCAGGGACCCCACCCCAGCUGUUGACCUCGAGCCCACUGAGUGGCCCAGGGGGAGCAUCCUUGCUGGAGAAGUUUGACUUGGAGAGUGGGGCCCUGACCCUGCCUGGUGGGCCUCCACCGUCUGGAGAUGAGCUGGACAAGAUGGACAGCUCCUUGGUGGCCAGUGAACUGCCUCUGCUCAUUGAGGAUCUCCUGGAGCAUGAGAAAAAAGAACUCCAAAAGAAGCAACAGCUCUCUGCCCAGCUACAGCAGCCACCCCCACCCCCACCCCCACCACCCCCACCGCCACCGCCGCCCCCACCCCCGCCGCCGCCUCCACCACCACCACCACCACCACCACCACCACCACCGCCGCCGCAGCAGCAACAGCAGCAGCACCUCUUGCUGGCCACCUCAGGCACUGCCCAGUCCAUGCCUCUGCCCCAAGAAGGUCCAUCUCCUGGCCUGGCUGUUACCCCACAACAGCUUGCACUAGGGCUUGGGGCCCGGCAGCCUAGCCUAGUGUCCACUCAGGCAAUGAUGUCCACCCAGCAACCAUCUCAUGCCCUACAGCAGCGCCUGGUCCCUCCCAUGGCCAUGGUGCCCAACCAGGGGCAUAUGCUUAGUGGAGGGCAGGCAAGCUUGGUGCCUCAGCAGAAUCCACAGCCAGUGCUGGCCCAGAAGCCUAUGGGGGCAGUACCGCCAUCGAUGUGCAUGAAGCCGCAGCAGCUGGCGAUGCAGCAGCAGCUGGCCAACAGCUUCUUCCCUGACACAGACUUGGACAAGUUUGCUGCAGAGGACAUCAUUGACCCCAUUGCUAAGGCUAAGAUGGUGGCCCUGAAGGGCAUCAAGAAGGUGAUGGCACAGGGCAGCAUUGGGGUGGCACCAGGCAUGAACAGGCAACAGGUGUCCCUGUUGGCCCAGCGGCUCUCAGGAGCUCCUGGCAGCACUGACCUACAGAAUCAUGUGGCAGCUGGGAGUGGGCAGGAACGGAGCAGCAGUGACCCCUCCCAGCCUCGGCCCAACCCACCCACUUUUGCCCAUGGUGUGAUCAACGAAGCUGACCAGCGGCAGUAUGAAGAGUGGCUGUUUCACACCCAGCAACUGCUCCAGAUGCAGCUCAAGGUGCUGGAAGAGCAGAUUGGGGUGCACCGGAAGUCCCGAAAGGCCCUGUGCGCCAAGCAGCGCACCGCUAAGAAGGCUGGCCGAGAGUUCCCAGAGGCCGAUGCGGAGAAGCUCAAGUUGGUCACUGAGCAGCAGAGCAAGAUCCAGAAGCAGCUGGACCAGGUUCGGAAACAGCAGAAGGAGCACACAAACCUCAUGGCAGAGUAUCGGAACAAGCAGCAGCAGCAGCAGCAGCAGCAGCAGCAGCAGCAGCAACAGCAGCAGCAACAGCAGCAGCAGCAUUCCUCGGUGCUGGCCUUGAGCCCCUCCCAGAGCCCCAGGCUGCUGGCCAAGCUUCCUGGGCAGCUGCUCCCAGGCCACGGGCUGCAGCCUCCACAGGGACCCCCGGGUGGGCAGGCGGGCAGCCUUCGCCUGCCUCCUGGAGGAGUUGCACUGACUGGCCAGCCCAGUGGCCCUUUCCUCAACACAGCCCUGGGUCAACAGCAGCAACAGCAGCAGCAUCCAGUCGGGCCAGGGACCCUAGCAGGCCCCUCAGCAGGCUUCUUCCCUGGGAAUCUUGCUCUCCGAGGCCUGGGUGCCGAUGCACGGCUCUUACAGGAACGGCAGCUCCAGCUGCAACAGCAGCGAAUGCAGCUGACUCAGAAGCUGCAGCAGCAGCAGCAGCAGCACCUGUUAGGACAGGUGGCUUUGCAGCAGCAGCAGCAGCAGCAGCAGCAGCAGCAGCAGCAGCAGGGCCUGGGACCCAAGCCGCAGGGACUCCUGCCUCCUGGCAGCCAUCAGGGCCUCUUGGUCCAGCAGCUGUCCCCCCAGCCGCCCCCAGGGCCCCAGGGCAUGCUGGGCCCUGCCCAGGUGGCAGUGUUGCAGCAACAACAGCAGCAGCAGGUGCACCCUGGAGGUCUGGGUCCCCAAGGCCCUCACAGACAAGUGCUCCUUGCCCAGCCCCGAAUGCUAGGGUCCCCUCAACUGGCCCAGCAAGCACAAGGCCUCAUGGCCCACCGACUUGUCAUGGCCCAGCAGCAGCAACAGCAGCAGCAGCAGCAGCAGCAGCAGCAGCCCCUGGCUGGUCUCUCCCAUCUCCAACAGGGAUUGAUGCCUCCUAGUGGGCAACCCAAGCUGGGCACCCAGUCCAUGGGAACACAGCAGCAGCAGCAGCAGCUGGGGCUCCUAAACCAGGGUCGACCUUUAUUGCCUCCCCAGCAGCAGCAGCAGCAAUUGCUGCCACCCCCAGCCAACUCUCUUACCCAGCAACAGCAACAGCAGCAGCAGCAGCAGGUGGCCCUGGGUCCCGGCUUGCCUGCCAAACCCCUCCAGCACUUUCCCAGUCAUGGAGCCUUGGGCCCAACCCUCUUGCUGAGCCAAGGGUUGCCCUCAGGCCUACCAAGCAAAGAGCAAGCUGGGGCAGAGACAGUGCUAGUACCUGAGGGCACAGAAGGCUCCUCAGUGCACCUAGGGGGACCAUUGGCAUUGGGUCCUCCUACAGAAACCCUGCCCCCAGAGCCAGUGGAGGUGAAGCCCCCCCUCCCUGGGGACUCUCACCUCCUCCUUUCCCAACCCCAGCCUCAUCCUCAGCUCCAGCCCCAGCCCCAGUCCCAGCCCCAGCCCCAGCCCCAGCCCCACUUACUCCAUCCCCCAGGUGGUGCAAGUCAUGGGCAGAUGGCUGGUGGGCAGCCCCCUGAAGUUACUUCCAUGUCCCACCUGCUGACCCAACCCCUAGGUUCUGUAGGGGAGCGGGCCUCUGGGCUGGAUCGACCCCUGAAAGGGAGCCCAAGGCUGCAGCCUCCCAAGCCAGGCCCUCUGCCCCACCCUGGGCAGGGCCUACCAGGGCAUGCAGGAAUGCCUACUGUGGGGCAGCUGCGGGCCCAGCUUCAGGGUGUCUUGGCCAAGAACCCACAGCUUCGGCACCUGAGCCCUCAGCAGCAACAGCAGCUGCAGGCCCUUCUUAUGCAGAGGCAAUUGCAGCAAGGCCAGGUGCUAAGGCAAACAGUGCCCUACCUGGAGCCUGGGAGCCAUCCUUCUUCCUUGCAAGGCCUCCUGGGCCGCCAGCCCCAACCUGGGGGCUUCCUCGGAGCUCCAUCAGGGCCUGUGCAGGAGCUAGGGGCGGUGCCCCGACCCCAGGGCCCUUCCCGGCUCUCUACCCCACAAGGAGCCAUAGCAUCAGGGCCAACCCUUGGCCUUGCACAGCCCCCUCCUCUGCCAUCCAGCCCCCAAGAGCCAAAGAGACCUUCCCCACGAUUGCUGCCCCCUAGCCCUCAGCUUCCUGCUGAGGCUCAGCUCACCCCUACCCAGACUGAGAUCCCAAAGCCCCAAGAAUCCUCCUUGGAGCUACCUUCAGGGGACAUUCCACCCCCCUCACCAGCAGCCUCCCAGCUUCCAGAUGCUUUCUUUGCCAAGGGACCAGGACCUUGGGAAACCCCAGACAACCUGGCUGAGGCGCAUAAGCCUGAGCAGAACAACAUGAGGCCUGGAGAGGUGGAGCAGGUGAACGGGCAGGAGAUGCCCGAGCCGUCCCGACUCAUGAUCAAGCAGGAGCCUCGAGAGGAGCCUUGCGCCCUGGGUGCCCAGGUGGUGAAACGGGAGGCUAAUGGGGAGCCUGUAAGCACACCAGGCACCAGCAACCACCUCUUACUGGCAGGCAGCCGCUCAGAGGCUGGGCACCUGCUCUUGCAGAAGCUACUUCGAGCAAAGAAUGUACAGCUUGGCACAGGCCAUGGACCUGAGGGGCUCCGAGCAGAGAUCAAUGGGCACAUUGACAGCAAGCUGGCUGGGCUGGAGCAGAAACUUCAGGGCACUCCAGUCAGCAAGGAGGAUGCUGCAGCCAAGAAACCACUGACCCCCAAGCCCAAGAGGGUACAGAAGGCAGGCGACAGGGUAGCAAGCUCCCGGAAGAAGCUCCGGAAGGAAGAUGGGGUGAAAGCCAGUGAGGCCCUGCUGAAACAGCUAAAGCAGGAGCUGUCCUUGCUGCCACUUACAGAACCCAGCAUCACCAACAAUUUCAGCCUUUUUGCUCCCUUCGGCAGUGGCUGCCUCAUCAAUGGGCGGAGCCAGCUGAGGGGGGCCUUUGGGAGUGGGGCACUACCCACUGGCCCUGACUACUAUUCCCAGCUUCUUACGAAGAAUAACCUGAGUAAUCCGCCAACACCGCCUUCCUCACUGCCGCCUACCCCGCCCCCGUCAGUACAGCAGAAACUGGUGAAUGGGGUCACUCCUUCUGAGGACCUGGGGGAGCAACCUAAAGAUGCAGCGCCUGCCCGAGAGCCUGAUGGGGGACCCAGGGAUGCUCCUGAAGUGAAGAGUUUGGACCUGCUGGCUGCGCUUCCCACUCCUCCUCACAACCAGACUGAGGAUGUCAGGAUGGAGAGUGAUGAGGAGAGCGACUCUCCUGACAGCAUUGUGCCAGCUUCUUCACCUGAGAGUAUUCUGGGAGAGGAGGCACCUCGAUUUCCCCAGCUGAUGUCAGGCCAGCAGGAGCAGGAGGACAGGGCCCUCUCCCCAGUCAUCCCCAUCAUCCCCCGGGCCAGCAUCCCAGUCUUCCCAGAUACCAAGCCCUUUGGGGCUCUGGAACUAGAACCAACAGGAAAGCUGUCUGCCAACACCUGGGAAAAGGGCAAAGGGAGUGAGGUGUCCGUCAUGCUGACUGUUUCUGCUACUGCUGCCAAGAAUCUGAAUGGUGUCAUGGUGGCUGUGGCAGAGCUGUUGAGCAUGAAGAUCCCCAGCUCCUAUGAGGUGCUGUUCCCAGAGAGUCCUGCCCGUGCAGGGGGUGCCGAGCCCAAGAAGGGGGAAGUGGAGGGGCCUGGUGGUAAAGAGAAAAGCCUAGGGGGAAAGCCCACUGAGGGUAGCAGUGACUGGCUGAAACAGUUUGAUGCAGUGCUGCCUGGCUACACCCUCAAGAGCCAGCUGGACAUCCUGAGCCUCCUCAAGCAGGAAAGCCCUGUCCCAGAGCUGCCUGCCCAGCACUGCUAUAUCCACAACGUCUCCAACCUGGAUGUCCGUCAGCUCUCUGCCCCACCUCCUGAGGAGCCUUCCCCUCCUCCUUCACCCUCAGCCCCUUCCCCUGCCAGCCCCCCAGCUGAACCCUCAGCCCCAUCACCCCCACCACUAGUUCCCUCACCUCCGAUGCCUGAAGCAGCUCGCCCCAAGCCCAGAGCCCGGCCCCCUGAAGAGGGGGAGGAUUCCCGGCCACCCCGGCUUAAGAAGUGGAAAGGGCUUCGCUGGAAACGGUUACGGCUGCUGCUGACGAUCCAGAAGGGUGGUGGACGACGGGAGGGUGAGCGGGAGGUGGCAGAGUUCAUGGAGCAGUUGGGCACAGCCCUCCGACCUGACAAGGUGCCCCGUGACCUUCGGCGCUGCUGCUUCUGCCACGAAGAGGGUGAUGGAGCUACUGAUGGGCCAGCCCGACUUCUCAACCUGGACCUAGACCUCUGGGUCCACCUGAACUGCGCCCUGUGGUCCACAGAAGUUUACGAAACUCAGGGUGGGGCACUGAUGAAUGUCGAGGGUGCCCUCCACCGAGGGCUGCUGACCAAGUGUUCACUGUGCCAGCGUACAGGAGCCACUAACAGCUGCAACCGGUUGCGAUGUCCUAGUGUCUACCACUUUGCCUGUGCCAUCCGGGCCAAGUGCAUGUUCUUCAAGGAUAAAACGAUGCUGUGCCCCCUGCACAAGCUAAAGGGGCCCUGUGAGCAGGAGCUGAGUUCUUUUGCCGUCUUUCGACGUGUCUACAUUGAGCGGGAUGAGGUGAAGCAGAUCGCUAGCAUCAUCCAGCGCGGUGAGCGGCUGCACAUGUUCCGGGUGGGAGGGCUAGUGUUCCAUGCCAUCGGGCAGCUCCUGCCCCACCAGAUGGCCGACUUUCAUAGCGCCACAGCCCUGUACCCGGUGGGCUAUGAGGCCACGCGCAUCUACUGGAGCUUACGCACCAACAACCGGCGCUGCUGUUACCGCUGCUCCAUUGUCGAGAACAAUGGGCGGCCCGAGUUCAUCGUCAAGGUCAUGGAACAGGGUUUGGAGGACCUGGUCUUCACUGAUGCAUCCCCCCAAGCUGUGUGGAACCGUAUUAUUGAACCAGUGGCUGCCAUGCGAAAGGAAGCAGACAUGCUUCGAUUAUUUCCAGAGUAUCUUAAGGGCGAGGAGCUCUUUGGGUUGACAGUGCACGCUGUCCUACGAAUUGCAGAGUCGCUGCCUGGGGUGGAAAGCUGUCACAACUAUUUGUUUCGAUAUGGACGGCACCCACUGAUGGAACUGCCACUUAUGAUCAACCCUACUGGCUGUGCCCGCUCUGAGCCCAAAAUUCUCACUCACUACAAACGGCCUCACACCCUCAAUAGCACCAGCAUGUCCAAGGCAUACCAGAGCACCUUCACAGGCGAGACCAACACCCCGUACAGCAAACAGUUUGUGCACUCCAAGUCAUCCCAGUACCGACGGCUUCGAACUGAGUGGAAGAACAAUGUGUACCUGGCUCGAUCUCGUAUUCAGGGCCUGGGGCUGUAUGCUGCCAAGGACUUGGAGAAGCACACAAUGGUCAUUGAGUAUAUUGGCACCAUCAUCCGAAAUGAGGUGGCCAACCGUCGUGAGAAGAUCUAUGAGGAGCAGAAUCGAGGUAUCUAUAUGUUUCGUAUAAACAAUGAGCAUGUGAUUGAUGCCACACUUACUGGAGGGCCUGCCAGGUACAUUAACCAUUCUUGUGCCCCCAACUGUGUGGCAGAGGUUGUGACCUUUGAUAAGGAGGAUAAGAUCAUUAUCAUCUCCAGCCGGCGCAUCCCCAAAGGAGAAGAGCUGACCUAUGACUAUCAGUUUGACUUUGAGGAUGAUCAGCACAAAAUCCCCUGCCACUGUGGAGCCUGGAACUGCCGGAAGUGGAUGAACUAAGCUCAGAGGCAACUGGGCAGGGGAAACCCUCCAAAGCCCUUCCCAAAAGGGUUGAAGGGGAAGAGAGCCAGGACCCAGAGUUGGGGCUGCUGGCUGACCAGAGCCCCAGGAGCAGGAUGGGGCUAAGGGCCCCGGGGCAGUGCCCAUUCUGGGCACCAGGGAUGACUUCCCUCCCCCACCACCACAGGCCCCAGGCUGGCAUAUCUGCCCCCAGCUCCAGGAGCCGACAGACAGAAACAGCCAUUGGGCAUCUCAGGUUCGGGGGGUGGGGGGGUUGGGUAGAUAUGGGCUGGGAACUACCCAGCACCGUCUGGGAGGCAGCAGAGACGGUGAGGAGGGUGGCAGCUUGGGUCUCCCAGCCCCAGUGCUCCCACUGACGUCCCCAGCCCAACUCAAGGCUGCAAAGAGACUUGAUUAAGCUUGACAAUCCCAAAGGCUGGGUCCCCACACCUGGCCCUGCCCGCUGGGUCCUGUCCCCACUUCCUAAUCCCCCUCCUUCCCUUUCUCUCUGUCUCCCUCUUCUCCUCUGUGUCUCUGUCCCUCUUUCCAUCUCUCUCUUUCUGGGUUGUGUUUCCUUGUUUUCUCUCUGACAAAUGCAACACGAACGGGAAAGAGGCACCCAGCUGCCCGGGUGGGGCGGGCAAGGCAGGCAAGCCGGGCAAGGAGAUCCUGCACCCACACCUACCUCAUUUAAGUGUUGGAUUUUUUGCUGUUUUGAAAUGUGAGACCCUCUCCCCAGCCCUCUAAUCCUUCAACCCCCUGUCUGAAUUGGGGGUAGAGAAGGGAGGGGAGGGAAAAAAGGAAAAUCUUUAGAAAAAAAAAAAUCUGUUUUUAACUGUGGGCAUGGGGUAGUGACUAGGGCUGAUGGGAAGCGAUUGAGAGAGGGUGACCCCUUGAUCCCCUCAGAGGCUGAGCAUCUCUCCUCCUCUGAACAAGUUGGGAGGGGGAGGUGUUGGGGUUGUGUUUCAGAACCAGGGUGUCCUCCUCUUGUACUCCCAACCCCAUCAUGAGCCCAGUGCCUCCCUCAGCCUCUCCCUGGAAUCAGAGGGGAAAGAGGUUCUCUUGAGUUGUGUACCCAUUCCCCGUGGGGCAGGUUGGGGCCCAGAGCUCCCUACUUCCCCAGCCACCAAACUGCUGCUGGUCUGGUGGGAAAGGGAGGUGUUGGGGGUAGGGGAGCUUAGUGUCAUCGUGGGGAGGGUGGGGGGGUAUUUAUCUAUUUAUAAGCCGGAUUGUAUAUAGUCAUGUGGGGCAUGGGGGGGCCAGCAGGAGGUGAGAACCCUCCCCUCUCCCCCCCACCCCCUGGGGAGAGCAAAUGUAAAACUACUAAUUUUUGUGCUUUAUAUAUUCUAUAUAAAUAUAUCUAUUUUCUUUUUACAAAACCAGUUUAUAAAUGGCAGGGGGCGAGGGGAGGGACACCUGGAGCUCCCCUUGUGGGGGGGCUGCCCUCCAUUAUCCUGGACCUGCUGCCCUGCUCCUAACCCCCCCCCCACUCCCCUGGCUGUGACUGCUGUAAAGGUGAGGGGAGGGGACAGGGGCUGGGCUCAGUUUCCCCACUCCCAGAUGUACAGUUGGACUUUUAUAACGCACAAAAGUGAGCUGGCCCCUAGGGGAGCCAGAGGGUGACGGGUCCCCUCCCUCCUUUUUCUCCUAUCUCCCUCCCUAACUUGUGCUGCAGUUGAUUGAACUUCUUCCUGGAGUGGGGGUAGGGGUGGGGGUGGGGGUGGGGCUGAAGUAACCCCUAGGGCCCCUGUCUGGUAGGGAGCCAUAGGUUUGAAGAUGAAGUUUUUAUUCAGUUCUCUCUUCUAGGGGCUGUGGGCAAAAGGGCAUUUUGUAAUUAUUUUAAAGAAUCAAAAAUUUGGAGCAUGAGGAUGAAGGUGAUGCCAGUGGAGAGGGCUGGAGCAGGGAGCCUAGUCGCUGUUGUGUUUUUAGGGUUUUUUUUAAAAAAAGUUUUUGUUUUGUGUUUUAAUUUGAGACAGAAUGGGGUGGCAGGGGUGGGGAGGAGGCUGAAGUUUUUUUUUUAAGGGAAAAAGAAAAAGCUGCUUCCUCUACUGUUUUAAGAUGCAAAGGUUUAAAAGAACUCCUCCCCACCCACCACCCCUCACCCCACAAGUAGCAAAGAGAAGCUGCUGUAAAUAAACCAAGCAGCAAAAGACUGGGCUUCUCUACCACCAUCACCCCCACCCUACCCUCACAACCCCCAACCACUGGACCUCUUCCUUCCUUUCCAUGAGCAAAAGGCCUAGGCUGCUGGGAGUGGAGAGCACUGGGGCCGUACCCAUUGGGAACUGGCCCCAGAAGGUCUGGCUCCAGACUGGGCUGGAGCCCAGGUUAGGGUUUGGGAUUGGGGAGGGAAAGGGGUCUGGGGGGCAGACUUUGUAAGCAUAUGCUAGGUAUCUGAUAGUCCUGUAGAUCUUAGUGAAGAAACCUUAUACAGUUUUUAAUUUUUAUAUAAACUAUAACUCAGACCCAAGCUGCAAGGUUGGAAUUUUGGUUUUUUGUUUUGUUUUGUUUUUAAGUUCCCCGCUUGUAUAAUUGCAUCGGAAGCACCCUCCCUCCCCCAUCCCGUGUUUGUAUUUUGGGUUGGUUUACACUUGCACAUAUUCGGUUUUCAGUUUCCCCAUUUAAAGUCUCCCCCUUCAUCUCCAGGACUCUCCUUACCCCCUUUCCCUCCCUCCGCCUCCCUUGGAAAAAAAAAAUCGCUGACAAGUGUGAAUCCCGUGAAGACUUUAUUUUGUGUUGUGUAUGCUGUACAGCAAGGUUUGUCCUUCGUAACAACAGAUGAAAUGACCCCCCCCUUUUUUAGGCCUCGCCCCUCCCGCCCCCAGAGCCCCUGUCCGUGGCAUGUUUUGUAUCGGCGAUCAUUAUGAACUGUACAUAAUUUAUGUUGUGAGAGGCAAAGGGCAAGUUUUGGAUUUUGCUUCUUCCAAGUUUGUUUUUAAAGGACAAAUAAAAAAAAAAGCAUUUUAAAUACAA